AUGAGUGGAAGGGUGAAGAGGUCGCGAGAGAACAUCACUCUGCGGCGCUCGGCGACAUUGACAUCGAAUGUGAAUAAUGCUUCCAUUAAGCAACGGCUCGAGUUGAAAUGUAAACUGAGGGAAGCAUCGGACAGAGAGUCGAUAAGCUCCGAUAUAACAGAUGCACGGUACCUUUCUCCUUUGCGGACGAAUGGUGAGAGGUGGCAAUGGGAGGGAAGAGAAGAAAAGAGGGAAAAAAAGAUGGAUGGCAGCCUGGCGCAAAUUGACAUUUUGAAGAUGGAAUGGGCGAGAGGGAAGAAAGAGCAAAAUUCGAAAACGAUCAUGUAUUAUGAUAAGCGAACAGCACCACCGCCACCACUCUCGCCAUCACCAUCAUCAUUAUCAUCAUCAUCAUCAUCAAUCAUCACAACCAUUGAAAAGUGUUUGUUUGAAAGGCAAGGAAAGGAAAUGAACGUUGUGGACGCACCGUUCUGA